AUGACAAUGGCCGGAAAGGCAUCCGCUUUGGACUUUGAAAUGUCCAUGAGGACUUUGCACUUGGAGCGAGAGUAUGAGAAGACUCUCUCGGAUUCCGCGCGUCUCUUAGAUGACGAGAGGGAUCGCAUGCGGCGGGUGGAGCUUAUGCUUCUGAGGUUUGAUAACGAAGCCCUCCGAUCAGAGCUAGAGGAAGCUAAAGGGCACCUUAUGGGCCUGACAAGCACUGAUUCCGAGGCUUGUGUUCAGCUCAAGGAUGCUUGUCAGGAUAUUGAUCGUUUAGAGCGUCAAGGACAAGCUUACUCGGCGGAAAUUGAACGACUUAAAGAAGAACUCUCAACCCGGAGGAACAACUCAACCAGCUACAAUACUCUUCUUGCAGAGAAAGCCCACCUCUCCAGGGAGAAUUCGACUCUACAGGCAGAGCUCCAGCGGCUCAAGGCACAAAAUACAUUGCAUCAAAGCUUCAUUGCCGAGAAACAUGAUGUUGAACGACAAAUAAUCUCUCUAGAAGUUCAAUUCGACAAUGAAAGACACGCUCACGAACGCACUCAGGCCAAGGGGUCACAGCAAGCGGCAGAGAUUGCUCGGCUUUCUGCCCGAGUCGAAGAGUUGCAAAAUCAAUUAGCAGUGGAAAUGCGAGCAAAGCAACAGCAGCAACGUGACUUCCAACAUCAGAACUCAGCAUGGGCAAAUCAGCGAGCAACGCUUGAAGGCAAUAUUAAUUCGCUCAAACAACAUUUGCGGUCCACCAAGGAUAAGCUGCAGGAAAUUCAAACGGAAGUCCAACAGCGACGCGGCCUGAAGCAACACGCAGGGAACCAGAGUGAUUUUGAAUCCAGCUCUCGGGCAGUCCCUCUUCAGCGCCCUGGCCCCAGUGGCCACGCCAACGUGACAAUUGCAACCCCUGGGGCUGUUCGUAUGCAAGAGAAACUGAGGAAGGAUUCGGCGAUGCCUGGUGAUAAGUCUGCGUUUUCCAUCACCCCCUUUUUGAAUCGCACAGGCGCACCUUCGGAUUCUCCAAUGAGCCCAUCGGGCGAUGAAGACGACAUCCUUGGUGAUCCAGACAGAAGUCAUGAAUUACUUGGCAAACGGGGCAUCUUUGGCGGACCAAACCGUGUCGGUUCUGCCCUACGGCGCCAACUUUCCCCAACAGAAGAUCGCAAUCCCAUUCCAAAGGCCCCCAAACCAAGGCCAGGAGGACGUGAGAGCGCAACGGCUAUUUCGGCACCAGCAAAGGAGGCCAAGAAAGCUUCCAAUCGUUUAGAUCGCAUGAUGCAACCCACAGAAACUGAUGAGCUACACGAGGGGUCAGAACAUGAACAAACUAAACCCAAAAAGCGCAAACUCGGUGGCCAGCGUGAUCGAAGUUUGUUCGAGGAAGAGGAAGAGGAAGAACUCGGCAAUUUGAAAAUCAAGCGAAAACAUGCAAUGGUCCAUGGACGAGGCCCAACAUUGGGGAAUAGACAACAGCCCAGUACCUCGACUAGUCUUGGGUUCGGUGCACCGAUGGGAUUUUCUCCCUUGAAAAAAGACCGUAAACGAUUCUAA